AAUCUGACUCUGAUUAGAUUUAUGUUUGGGCCUAAUAUAAAUAAGCCUUUUUAGAUUUAUAAACAGUCUUGCUGCGACUCCGAUUCAACUCAUCGGCUUCUAUCUCCACCUUCGCUCUUGCUCCAGGCGAUGCGAGCUCACUAACAUGGAAGAAGAGAACAACAACGCCGGGAGCGACUCAGACUCUAACUCCGUCGACGAGCCUCAGGACUAUUACGAACCGAUCUCAGCCGUCGAUCUAGACGGCGAACAUAACGAUGAGGAAGAAGAAGAAGACAAUUAUCUCCCGAUCAAUGGAGACGGCUUCAGUAACGGCCACUGUACGAUCCCGGAAGCAGUGGACGGAAUGUCCUCUGUUAGUAUAAACGGACACGCAGAGGCCAAGAGUGAUGAUACCGAAGUAGAGACAGAGACGGAGACUGAGACGACGCCAGAUUCGGAGAUCCGUACAGCGUUUGAGGAAGACGAGCGGCGUAGGAGAUCGCCGUUACUGGUGGAGAACGCGGCUAGGGUUAUGGAGGCAAUGCGCGCCAUCUCGUUCCCUGGAACGGCUCCUGAUUGGGCCUCCGAUGUUAAUGAGGAUCGUUGGGUUGAUCAGCUUCGUAGAUUGAGAUCCACUUCUCAGUAACUUAAAACAGUAUUUUUCUCAAAUAGUUUAUUUCCUUUCAAGUGUUUUUUCAGAUCGUUAUCAAUAUUGUUCAACGUUACAAUCGAACAUUACAAGGGUAUUGAGUAUUUACAAUAUGAUUCUGAUGAUUCA